AUGGCUCAUUUACUCCUGCAGAUGGCUUCAAAUAAUUUGAAACCAUUAUUUCGUAAACUUUGUCAUUUUCAAAAUGAAUAUUUUUCAGGAAAUAUUGAAUCAUUGCAUGAAAAAUUGCGGAAUUAUGAAGUGAUAAAAAUUUCACGACGAUUGGAGAAACGAGGAGCAAAUUUAAGUCCAUUUGGUUAUAAUAGGCAAGAACAUGUCACUUUUCGCGCAUUUAAUCAUCGUUUCGAUUUAUAUUUAACUCCAAAAAAGGCAAUUCUUCAUCCGAAUUUCUCAGCUCGGACUGUGAAUGCUUUCGGACAUGAAGGACGGUUUUAUGUUGAUCCUGAAGAACACUUUGAAGGUCACGUUCAUGGCGAAAAACAUUCAAGAGUUUCGGUGACAUUUGACGAAUUUGGUGCGAUGUUGGGUGCAAUUCGAGUUAAUGGUGAAAUAUAUAUUUUCGAGCCUGUCAGAUUUUAUGAUAAUGAAAGAGAAGCAAAUGAAGUUCUGGUCUAUCGUGAUUCGGAUAUGAGAUCAAAAUUCACUACCAAUGGUUUAAAAUUUUGCAAGGCGAUUCAGUUUAAUUCUUCAUUUGAUUCCGUUUCUUCAGUUUUCAAGCGUCAUAAAAGAUCUGAGCAGUCAUUAUUCUCCAAAAACCGGUGUUCAUUGCGAUUAGUCGCUGAUUAUAGAUUUUUUCAAUCAGUUGGCAAUGGCAGUUUGGCUUUUUCAGCAAGAUAUUUGAUAAAUGUAAUAGAUCGAGUCAAUGUAUUAUACACUUCAACGGAAUGGGGCCAAGAUGAUGAUGGCCGUCGUCUUAUUAAUAUGGGUUUUAUGAUAAAAGAUAUGCUAAUACAUAAUGAAAGUACAUAUGGACCAAUUGAACAUUAUAAUGCCGCAACAAAUAUGAAGCGCAAUGUUAACAAACUUCUUGAAGAUUUUUCUCAUCGGCAAGGCUCAAACGAAUAUUGCUUAGUGCAUUUAUUCACUGCUCAGGCAUUUGAAGACGGUGUUCUUGGUCUUGGUUAUAUUUCAUCACCUGAAAUACAUUCUCCUGGUGGAAUUUGUUCCAUUAUGAGUCGAUCAUCCAACGACAAAAUCGUCUUUUAUAACACAGCAUUGUCAAGUGUUAAAACAAUGCAUGGCGGUUCAGUUGUUACACGGGAGGCAGAUAUCGUUACAGCUCAUGAAUUGGGUCAUAAUUGGGGCGCCACUCAUGAUGAUGAAUCUUUGGAAUGUUCACCUCCGUACAGUGAAGGUGGAUCAUAUAUAAUGAAUACCUAUUCUGUUUCUGGUUACGAUGAUAAUAAUGAUCGUUUCUCGCCUUGUUCGAAACGAAUGAUAGCUAAAGUUUUAUCUCGAAAAGCGGAAAGAUGUUUUGAAGAAGAAAAAGGUGCUUUUUGUGGCAAUAACAAAAUUGAAAAUGAUUCAUAUGGUUCAUAUGAAGAAUGUGACGUUGGCGGUCGACUGUCAGGCAUUGAUGAUAAAUGUUGUACCUGGGAUUGUCGACUCAAACCUAAAGCUAAAUGCUCGCCGAAAAAUUUCCCAUGUUGCUCUGAAGAUUGUCAAUUUCUGCCGAAUACAAGCCUGUGCCUUCAUGAAAAUCCUUUACAGUGCAAACUCUCUUCGUAUUGCACUGGUACAUCUGGUGAAUGUCCAGAACCGAAAUCGAUUGCUGAUGGAACAAGAUGCUUAGAAGAUGGUGAAUGUUUAAAUGGACAGUGCCUUACUUUCUGCGAACGUCCUUCUUUAAAUAUGAAACCAUGUAUUUGUCAUAAUGAAGCCGAUUCGUGUUUGCGUUGCUGCCGGUCGGAAAACGGAACUUGUCAGCCAUAUGAUUAUGAUCCAAAAUAUAUAUUAAAAGAUGGAACACGAUGUAUUCAUGGCUACUGCCGUAAUGCAAUAUGUGUAAAAGAAGUGGCUGAUGUUAUUUCUCAUUUUUGGAAUAUUAUCGACAAUAUAGAUGAAACAAAUUUUUGGAAAUUUGUUGAAGAUAAUCUUGUUGGUAUUAUCACUAUAGUAACACUAAUUUUUUGGAUUCCUGUCAGUGUUUUCAUUCACCAUAUAGUUAGUAUUCAUUAUUCAUUAUCCAAUAUUUUUCCGAGAUAUUUUUCAUGA